CUUCGCGGAGAACCAAGAUUUGUAAAAAUAAAACAGUGACUAACAAAUUGCCAAAAAAAGGAUAAGUUAUAAAUAAACGUUCUCCUUUGAUUGAACGAAACUCUGCGGUUCGAUUGUAAAGUUCUAACGCGAUCCUAGUAGCACAUUUUCGCAAUAUUUUGCUUGCCAUCUCGUGCAAAUCGCAAUCUUCUUGGAGCGAUUCUAGUCAGUGGUGGAUGAGUUCUUGUCAACAACAACAAAUACAGCGCGAGAGACAAAACGAUGGCUGCGAAUGCUUUUGCAGAUAUUCUAGUUUUAGAAGCUUCUGAUUUCACCAAAGAUGGAAGUAAGCAUAAGCAUCGUUUGCCCCCUAACAAACACAGUACAUUAUGUAAAGCGUAGAGCCGAUCAGAUCCAACCAACAUGUGAAUGCCGCAGGUAGUAAGGAAGUAAGGAAUAGACCGAAAAUUUGUAGGUCAGUAAGGAAAACCGUGCACUGUAUGUGAAAAGCAAAAAAAAAUCACAUCCCUUAAUGCCAGUUAUAUGAGGAACAGCACAGUUCAGGUGUGAAAAUUCGGUUACCAUUUCCCUGUGACGCCUCAGCUGUGUGCUACCCCUGUGUGUGUACAGCUGCGGUUGUUUGGCUGCGCCAGAUAAAUGCAGCAGUCGUGUUUGACACCUGCUACCUGGAAAAGUUUUUGUGGGGUUUGGGAACACUGCUCGGAGCUUGGCGAUCAUCGAAGGAAGGAUUAAGUGUUGAGUUGGAAGUCGACUGCUAGCUGCCCACAGCACAACACAUCCGUAGCCGAAGCUUAAAGUUUGUUCAAGAUGGUAAAACGGCAAAACUCGCGUGUUUCUAAUGGAAAUGGCCAUUACAAUCGCAUGGACUUGCCUCCCCGCGGCCCAGUGGAAUCUCUUAUUUACUGGCGCGAUUUAAAGAAGUCGGCAGUCGUGUUCGGUGGCGGACUUGCCAUUUUGCUGGCAAUGUCGCUGUUUUCGCUGAUUAGCGUAUUUUCGUACCUAUCGCUGCUGCUCCUGUUCGGAACCAUCUCUUUUCGAAUCUAUAAGAACGUGCUGCAGGCCGUUCAGAAGACAUCUGAAGGCCACCCAUUCAAGGAGUACUUGGACAUGGAUCUUACCCUGUCCCAGGAGAAGGUGCAGCAGCUGGCUACAUUUGCGGUGGCUCACGUGAAUGCAUUGCUGACUGGAUUGCGUCGCCUGUUUCUGGUGGAAGAUCUGGUCGAUUCGAUCAAAUUUGGAGUGCUGCUGUACUGGCUGACAUACGUUGGGGCAAUCUUCAAUGGCAUUACUUGCGUAAUGAUCGGAUUCGUUGCACUGUUCACCUUGCCAAAAGUAUAUGAAAACAACAAACAAUCGAUUGACACUCACAUAGAGAUCGUGCGAAGCAAAAUUCAGGAAAUUACCGAAAAGGUUAAAGCUGCUAUUCCGUUGGGCAAAAAGGCGGAAACCGAGAAAACCAAGUAAAGACGUAUCUGCAAUCGCGCUUUUGAAGGCACAAGGAGCCAUCGGAGGAAAAAAGCUACUGCUAAACACAGGAUAUUAUUAGCAUUCGACUAUUUGCUGUUAUUUGUCAUUUUGCUUUCGAAGUUUUACGCAAACUUUCCGUUUGAAUCUGCUUUGUAAUGCCAUCAUCGUGAGAAGUGUUGUGUGAAGAAUUGGACGACAAAUUUUUUAAUGUCAGUAGACUUCCUGAUAGUAGCCAUUUAAAACACUUCUAAACCUAAAUGAACGAACAAAAGGGAAAACAAAAACAAGGUCCAUAAUAUUGCACGGGCGAAAAUGGAGUCAUUGAGAUUAUGUGGCUUGCCACGUAGCGGAAAACAUAGUGUUAUUCUCUUAAGAAAAUAUAACAUACCUUGAAGUUGCGUGUGAUUGUAUUGAAAUUGAGCGUUGCGAAUGCUUUAUUGGCGGAGCCAAGAUGUCACGUUUUGUUAUUUUCGAACGCACCUAUUGUAUUGUCUUUUGCAUGCAUUUUAUAUCCUCGUUGGUUUUUGUACGUUUUCAAACUUUACCCACCCCCCCUUUUCACGUUUACGAAAGACAGAAAGAUGUUGGAUGGAAAUGAAGCAAGCUAAAGCGCUGUAGGGCCAAUACGAAACUCCAUGUAGAAUUUACACAGCACAUGCUUAAAUUACACUCCAGAAAUAUUUGAACAUGAAUAUUGCAAAUCUCAAGUAUGGAUAAUAAUAAUCACAAAACAACAUUUAGCUGCAUGUUUCGCCAUAGCUAGAAAAUAAAACUACAGACCUUUCUAUCUUAAA